CUCAACCCUUAAAUAACCACUGGGAGGUUUUAAACUUAAAAUUGAACACCCGAGGAGGUUCCAAAUCUGCUCACUUGGUCCGCCAAAGCAAAACCCAGCAGCUGAGCACCCUUCAACAUCGUGUCGUUGAUUCCAGGUCUUUCUCUCUCCCUCUCCAUAACGGCACUGCUCACAGCUAAUCUCCCGAAGGCCCCAAAUUCGCUCUGACAAACACAUUUCAGUAAGGAUGGGUGCGCUCCUUUUCGAUGAUAUUUUUAGGGUGGAACGUGUGAAUCCAGAUGGUAAAAAAUUUGAUAAAGUUACUCGAAUUGAAGCACGAAGCGAGAAGUGUGGCAUGUUAAUGCAACUAGAUGUUAAUACGGAGAUUUAUCCUAUUGAUAAAGAGGAGAAAUUCUUGAUGGCAUUAUCUACCACUCUGAGUUUGGAGGGUGGGCAACAGUCAAUCGCUGACAAGUUUGAAUACAUCAUGCAUGGCAGACUAUAUAAAAUUUCAGAUGAACCUCAGGCUAAAACUUCAGAUGGAGGUUCAGGUCCUGGUGUGAAAGUGGAGAUAUACGUAUCAUUUGGUGGGCUUCAGAUGAUGCUGAAAGGGGAGCCGUCCCAUUGUGCUCAGUUUGAGCUUGAUCAGAGGCUGUUUCUCCUUAUGAGGAAGUUGAAUUGAAAAAAAAAUGAGAUCAAAUACCAUCGGAAUGCGUCUUUUUCUAUUGUAAAAGCUUGAUUUUUACCUCCAAAUUUCCAGUUAGGCAUGUUAACUGGUCUUUUAACUGGUGCUUAUGUCAUAUACUAGUCAGAACCAUAUAUAUGGUGUAAUUUUGUUGUACUGCUCGUUUAUGUUUCUCUGUUUGUCUGCGACUCUUGUGAGUGUGGGUUACUGGAGUUUUUAGCUUUAUAGUAUUAAAAUAUUUUAUUUUUUGGUUUA